AUGUCUAAUCACGGAAACACUACAGGAGUCAAUGAAGGACCCUCAUCCUUCGAGUCAGCCAGCACUGGAAGUUCUGUUGCCCACUCAACAUCUGAGACCCAUUCAAAGAACAACGCCAGCUCUUAUGAGACAUUCGCCGAUCUCCCUGUUCAUCGUCAAAUUGAUCUCGCUGACCGUUCUGGAUUUACCGUUAGACAAUUAACCAUUGCCAACAUACCAGUUUGUUCCGAAGGAUGUGAAGCUGAAUUAAAAGUCUUAGCAGACUUGACAGCUUACAUUAGAAACUCAAACUUCAAAGCUAGUCCUCCCCCAUCUCAAAAGGUCCAAAAGCGUAAGAAGUUCCAGUAUUUCGAGACGAUCAAAACGAAAAGUGGCAUUGAGAGCUCUAGCAGAAUGUUUUAA